CCCGAGCGCCGGGAGCGCCGAGCCUGCCCCGCUCCGACCCUGUGCUUCAUGACCGCCUCAAGAACCAUGUUUUACGGGCCUUCCUCCACCAUGGCUCCGCCGUCCAAGAACCGGCUGAAGCGCCAGAGCCGGCUCUUCUCCCAGGUCCUGUACCGCACCCUGAGCUACAAGGACCGCAGCUCGGCCACCGCCUCCCCUGCGGCCGCAGAGGACGACCCAGCCGAGCUCUCCACCCAGCUCUCGGCCCCUGGCAUCCUCAAAAUCUUCGGGGGCAACAUCUGUGCGGGCACCAACUACAAGAGCGUGCUGGUGACGGGCAGCUCCGGCGCGCGGGAGCUGGUGAAGGAGGCUCUGGAGCGCUACGGGCUGAGCCAGCUCAGCGCCGGGCAGUACGCGCUGUGCGAUGUCAUCGGCCGCUUCCAGGGCCCCGAGAAGCAGUGGCAGACAGAGGGGCUCAGGGUCCUGGGUGACCACGAGAAGCCACUGCUCAUCCAGGACCUCUGGAAGCCCAGGGAGGGCUUCUCGCGCCGGCUGGAGCUGCGCAGGAGGGCGGAGGUGGAGGAGAUGGCGGCCAGGGACGUGGACACCACCACUGCAGGCAUCAACGCCCAAGCGCGGAAGCUGCAGCGGCACCGGGCGCGGGGGGCCCGGCGGGCGGCGGGGGCUGAGCGGCGCGGGCCCCCCCCGGCCCUGCGGCGCAGCCUCAGCGAGACCAGCCUCUCCACCCUGCCCGGCAGCCCGGCGGCGGCGCGGAGCGGCGGCAGCAGCAUGCGGUACUCCCUCUACCAGUCCCCGCACCUCCUGCUCCUGCAGGGCUACAGCCAGCAGCAUGACAGCUUGGUUUACCUGCUGAACCGCGAGCAGCACACGGUGGGCCAGAGGACACAGGCGAGCAAGCCCAGCAUCAGCCUGUCCGCCCCCGACAUCCUGCCCCUGCACUGCACCAUCAGGAAGCUCCGACCUUCCCGGCAUCGCUCGGAGGAGAAGCUGGUGCUGGAGCCCAUCGCCGGCGCUGUCAUCUCUGUCAACUUCGCCGAGGUGGCCCGGACCGUGGUGCUGCGGCACGGGGACCUGCUGUCCCUCGGCCUCUACUACCUGCUCCUCUACAAGGACCCCAUGAAGGCGCAGCCGCUGCCGGCGCAGACCCUGCUGAGGCUGCGAGCCCUGAACCCCGAGGGUCCGCACGUGUGCGGGGCGUGUGGCAGCCUGCUGAAGGAGAAAGGCACUGCUGCCAAAAAGCGGGGCCCCUCGCCCGCCGGCGGCCCCAGGACGCCCCGCAGGAGGCUGCAGCUGGAGUUCGAGCCGGCGGCUGAGGAUGUGCUCCUGCGGCGCAUCAUGACCCUGAUCGAGCCCGGAGGGGACGACCACAAGCUGACCCCCGCCUUCCUGCUCUGCCUCUGCAUCCAGCACUCGGCCACCAACUUUGAGCCAGGAGAAUUCGGGCAGCUGCUGCUCAAAGCGGCCAAAAUGAUCCAGAGGACGGUGUGGGAGCGGACGCGGGAGCUGGCUGAAAAGCAAUCCCAGCACCAGGACCCUGCCACCCUGUCCCGCUUCACCAUCACAGACCUUCUCCCAGACCUGCAGCACAUCAUCUUCUGGAUGGCCAAUGCCAUUGAGAUCCUCUACUUUGUCCAGCAGAAAUCACCCACCUACAUCCAGAGCAUGGAGGAAGAGCUGGACAUCAAAGGUUCCAAGGAGUCUCUGUUCUCCUCGACCAUCACGGCCAGCGAGGAGGCGAUGACGGUGCUGGAGGAGGUGAUCAUGUACACCUUCCAGCAGUGUGUCUACUACAUCUCCAAGUGUCUGUACGUGUCACUCCCUGCCCUGCUGGAGUGCAACCCCUUCCAGAGUGAGUGCCGGGAGAGCUGGAGGGGCAUGCCCCCACUGCCUGAGGAGCUCCGCAGGGUCGUGCUCAUCUACCAGGCUGUGCUGGACCUGCUCCAGCAGUAUGAAGUGCACCCCGAGAUCACCUCCCAGAUGUUCGCCUACCUCUUCUUCUUCUCCAACACCCUGCUCUUCAACCAGCUCCUGGAUAAGGGCUCCUCUCUGGGCUGCUACCACUGGUCUCAGGGGGUGAAGCUGCGGGCCAGCGUGCGGCUGCUCCUGGACUGGCUGCGCAGCGCCGGCUUCGAGCAGCUCUCCCAGCAGUUCUUUGCCAAACUCGCCAGCGUGGCCAACCUGCUGGCCAUGCCCGGCUCCCAGUUGGUGCAGAUGACCUGGCCAUCCCUGCGAGCCGAGUUCCCAGCGCUGAGCCCUGCGCAGCUGCACCGGGUGCUGAGCCAGUGCCAGGCAGUGAUGGAUGUGGGCUGCAUCUCAGCAUGGCAGCCCAGUGAGGAGGAGAGCCCAGCCACCUUCCAGCCCGAUGAGAUGCUGGAGUCCUUUGACAACCACCCACCCAUCAUCCUGCCCAGUGGGGGCUUCAAAGUGGACCUGGAGGUGGAGACGUUGGAUGAUAACAUCUACAGACACCUCCUGUACAUCCGCCACUUCCUCUGGAGCCUGCAGAGCAGGAGCCCCCACACCAGCGAGGGAGCAGGCUCAGCACUCCUCAAGAAAGAGGCAUGCACGACGCCGGAGGUGCUGGAGGUGAGCGAGGCCACCCUGGGGAGCACCAUUGCCCAGGAGGAUUAUUGCUCCCUGGGGGGAUGUGCCGAGCCAGAGGGCAACCCGCAGCUCUGCCUGGCCACCGGCACCUGCCCCUGCGAGCCCCCCGCCGGCGAGCCACAGCUCCAGGAGAAGCUCAAGCAGCUGCAGCUGGGUAGGAGUCCGGUCCCCAAGGGUGGCACGGCGCCCACGGACUCCUCCUGCCUGCUGACACCACCCACCACCCCCUUGAACUUCGAUUCCGGCAGCCCGGAGUCCCCGCAGGGCACCGGCAAGGGGCUGCAGGACCCCCGGAGGAACGGGAUGAACGGCACCAAAGGCAGCACCCCCGAAGGCUGCUCGCCGGCCCCCUAUGACUACCCCACGCCGGAAUCUUCCAGCCAAAGCUCUGCCACCGACGACUUCUGCUACGUGUUCGUGGUGGAGCUGGAGAGGGGACCCAUCGGGCUGGGGAUGGGGCUGAUCGACGGCGUGCACACCCCUCUGUGCUCCCCGGGGAUCUACAUCCGCACUCUGAUCGAGGACAGCCCUGCAGCUGCCGACGGCAGGCUCUCCAUCGGGGACCGCAUCCUCGCUGUCAAUGGCACCAGCCUCAUCGGGGCAGACUACCAGAGUGCCGUGGACCUCAUCCGUUCUGGAGGGAAAAAGCUGCGGUUUCUGGUUGCCAAGUCGGACAUUGAAAUAGCCAAAAAAAUCAGUUCCAGCUCCUCAUCCUCUUAGUCCUUGUGGUACAAGGAUCCUUCUGCAGCAGCUUGUGGCUACAGCUCUGGUUAAAGCUGGCCUCAGGGAGCCUGGAGUGCAAGAGGGAAGACCAGGACUCCACAACAGCCCUUGAUGUGCUUUUGGACACUUUGGCCCUGCACUGCAGCAGAUGAAAGGACACUCAAGGAUGGUGCAUGCUUCUCCCACUGCACUGGCUGGGAGCAUCAUUCCUGAUCCAUUGCCCAGCCUCACCUUAUACCCAGCGUCAUCCUUCUCAGGAGCUUUCCUGUUCCUUUGGCCCCUCUGGCAGGGGAAGAGAAGGGGAUGCUCCCACCAUGGGGACUUGUAGGCAGGCUCCUCUGUUCCUCUAGGCUGGCAGCCCUGUGUGGUAUUUUAUGCUUGCAGGCAGAAGGCUUGAAAUACCUUUGGGUUUUGAAGAGAAGACGUGGGGCAGGCCUGGGUUUCGCUGUGGCAGUGGUCACCUGAGGUGCUGGCACGUCAGGCUGGAAAAGUGUGCCCAGCUCUGGGGGUGGUGAAGGCAGCACAAGCACCCAGGAGUGGGAUUCCACACAGGAUGCAUCGCCAGGAGUUAAUUCCCCUGAUGCCAUACACUAGCUCAGGUGCCUUUCUGCUGCUGGGCUGCAGCCCUGCCUCAGGAUGGGAAGCAGCUACAGCAAAGAGCUGACACCACCAGCAGUUCCUGAGAGUCCUGGGGAGAGGUCCCUGCAGAGAAGGUCUCCCUUGCCCUUGUUCCAUGGAUUCAUUGCCCGGCUCUGGCACCGUGAUCCCGGCUGAAGGCCACCAGGAUUGAUGGCAGAAUGUUUCCACAGAGGAUUCGUGCCACCAGGAGCCUGAGUGAGCCCAGCAGCACUCAGCACUGCCACCAGCCCAGGCAGACAAAUGACAGCUUGGCACCAUGUCCUGCUCCUCCCCGUCCAGCUUUGCCAGCCCAUUGCAAGGCCACCGUGUUUCGUGCCCUGCUCGGAGCAUCUCCCAGGUGUGUGCUGCUGAAAUGCCGACAGGUGAUGAUGGACAGCAGACUCCCUUUGGGAGGAUUGAUGACUAUCCCAGGAAUCGCUCUGCUACUGCUGCCGACCCGGGUGUCAGCUCAGCCGAGGGUUCGGCUCCAUCGUGUGGCUGCCCAGGGCUCUGCACGCCCGGCCUCCUGCCCACCGAGUCCUCCCUCUGCUUUUAGCACCGUUAACCGGAUAAACCAGAUCUGAUUUCCACAUAUAGACAGAUACUGAGACCUAGUUUAGCCGAACCCUAUUAAAACAGCCUGCAGCAAAGCCCUGCAUCACACCCUGCACGGUCCAGGCUCUGGCAGUGGAUCAGAUACUCACAUCUGAUCUCAUGUGGCAUCUCACAAGAGUGCUCUGAGGAUUGUGAUGCUAAAUCAGGGUUGGCUUUAAUUACGCCUCGCUGCUGCAGUUUUGGUUCCUGUGCUUAGUCUUGCACGUUGCACGAGGAGAGAGAUGUCAAAACACUCCAUACAAGGGAAAUGCUCCACUACUGGAUUUAAAUGCAGUCUGGCCUGCUCUUCUAGGCAAGAUGGACCAGGCACCUUCUCUGAGACACGAGUACCUUGGGCUCUGCUGGGCCACGCUCACAGCCCUGGCCUGGGAUGCUGCUCCAGCAGGGACUGGGAGCAGUGCAGCCUCCUGCCCCUGAUUCAAUUCUACCAGGCAGGUGAGCAAAGGCUCAGGGCUCAUGGUGAUUUACUCCACUUUCAAUCAAGUAGGUAUCCUGGCCCGUCAUCCUCCACAGAACUUGAAAUGGUCUGCCUAAAGCCCCUGGGCAAACUGCAUGCACUCCUUACUACCCUCUACCCUGGAGCCAGGGCUUGGGGGGAGGCUUGGUUUGCACUAGACAGUGCUGGAGCUGCAUCCUGGCACGUUCCAGCAGUACCAGUGCAGCCCACUUAGCACUGCUGGAGCAGGAAAACAGCCCCAGGGCUGUGUGUCGCUCACAGUGCAGUCAGGUAUUGAAACAGACUGUAAAUAAACCCUGCUAUUUACUAGUGUGCAUGAGGGCUGGCUUCUCCCAGGAGGAGCAGUGGGAUGGAUUGACUUCCCUGUGUGUUAAUAUGUACAGCUGAGAUGUGUAUAAAGCUCUGGUGCAGAUACUGAGCACAGCAU